UGAUUUCUGUCAUCAGCUCCUGACAGGUGACCCUCCACCAGAAAUGUCAAUUCUAUUUAUAUGAAAAUUUCCCAUGAUUGAAUUAAGUUGUAAAAAUAUUGAAAGCACUAAUCUUCGGAGAAGUACUGGGCCUUCACACGCUUCAGUCUCCAUGGCUACUGUGGCAGAACUUGCAUCCAAUUGUUGUAUUGAUGAUGUCAUCCAUGACAAGGCAAGAGACAUUAGAAGAGUUGUGCCUAUGGGUUCACUAUCUGUUCAAUACAGUGAGGAGGAAAGAUGUUUUUAAAGAAACUGUGCAUAUUUUCAUUCUUCCCACCAUUGGAAGUUAAAACCAAGUUUUAUAAUUCAGAGAUGAACGAUUUAUUUCUGGAAGUCCAGAUUCAGAAUACUUCAUCUUCAACAGUCUUUAUACAAAAGGUUUCCUUAGAGCCAUCUGAAAUGUACACUGGGGUAGAAUUAAACACUGUCAAUCAGGCUGGAGAAGAUGAAUGUCCCUUUGGAACAAGAACAUUUUUGCAGUCAUUGGAAGGACGCCAGUAUUUAUACCACCUUCAACUCAAGCAGGAAUUUUCAGAUGAAUCUGGUGCCAUUAGAGGACUGACAGAAAUGGGAAAAUUGGAUAUAGUGUGGAAAAGAAAUCUAGGUGAAAUGGCAAUGCUACAGACAAUUCAACUUGAAAGAGAGGCUCCAGGUUAUGGCAACAUGAGACUUUCUUUGGAGACAAUCCCAGAUACUGUAAUUCUAGAAGAGCCUUUUUGUAUCACCUGUAAGAUAACAAACCACAGUAACAGGAAAAUGAAAUUGGUUUUGAAGAUGUGUGAUACAGAUUCUAUUCGUUGGUGUGGUAGUUCAGGAAGAUAUCUUGGAAAGCUACCUCCAAGUUCAACUCUCAGCUUUACUUUAACACUACUGCACUUACAACUGGGCCUGCAAAGUGUCUCUGGCAUAAGAAUAACAGACAAAUUAUUGAAGAAAACAUAUGCCUUUGAUGAUGUCGCAAAAGUCUGUGUAAUACCUUCCAUGGUUGGAAGAAAAUGAGAAGCUGAAGAAAAUUUCUGGUGUUACGCUUUCCAGGAUAUUUCACAAAAAAAGCUUUUCAUACUUUUGUCAGCAGCAAAAUGAUCAACUAAUAGCAAGUA